CUAGGAAUGUUUUGGAAUGGUUUUAAGCCCUUUUCGAAGGGGAGCGAGUUUGUGCAGGAUCGUUUUUGUGGAGUGCGCACAAAAGAAAAUCUACAAAAAUGAUUUGGAAAGUGCUAGGAGGCAUCCUGUUAGUUAAAUAUGGUAUCUCGUUGUCACAGUUUCUUUGUCUGAUGAUGAGGUUAUAUGUACUACCAAGAUUUGGCAUGAAAUUAGACUUAAAGAAGUAUGGAAAAUGGGCAGUGGUAACUGGAGCAACAGAUGGCAUUGGAAAAGCUAUUGCUCUACAGCUUGCUAAACGUGGACUUUGUGUGGUGUUGAUUGGUCGAUCUGAAGACAAGUUAAAACAAGUGGCAGAACAAGUUGAAUCCUAUACAGAAGUAAAAACUAUUAAGUACGACUUUAAUAACACAGAUGAAUAUGAUGAAAUUGCGAAAGAGUUAAAAGAUCUUGAGAUUGGCGUUUUAGUAAACAAUGUUGGGAUCAGUUAUGAUCAUCCAGAUUUUUAUCUUAAUUAUUCUGCUGAGUUCUUUGAUUCCAUGAUAAACAUCAACGUUACAUCUGUUUUGAAGAUGUCAAGAAUGGUGCUUGAUAAAAUGGUGAAAAGGGGUAAAGGUGGAGUUCUCUUGCAUAUUUCAUCUGCGUCUGGUCUUCUUCCUGUUCCUUUUCUAUCAGUUUAUGCAUCCAGUAAGUCCUUUGUUGAUUUUUUUGGUCAAAGUUUAGCGGCGGAAUAUGCAAGUAAUGGAAUUAUUAGUCAGGUGGCAACACCAUUCUUUGUUGCUACUAAAUUGUCAAAGUUACGCCCCAACGGUACAAGCAUACCCAGUGCCGAUACUUAUGCCAGGCAAGUACUAAAUGCCAUAGGUGUAAGCCCCUCAAUUACUGGCCACUGGGCACAUGAGUUGCAGAAGUAUAUUCAGUUUAUGUUGCCUGAGUUCAUAGUAAAACAGAAAACAUAUAAGUUGAUGGAUGGUUUUCGCAGGCGAUGGUUACGCAAACAGCAAGAGAAAGAAAAAGAAAGCAAAGAUGAUUAAUGUUGAAUGUUUUUGGUUUGUGAAAUUUAUUUGUUUCUAGUUCUUCGAAUAUUUGUCUAUGAAGAUGUAUAAGCGUGACUUAAUCUCGCUUCUUAUUCAUUUUUUGUCAUAUUAGUAUUUUAUUCUUAUAAAUAAAUAUUAGUAUGAUAUAUAAAUGAUAUAUAAAUAAACUUAUUUUACCUGGAAAUAGGAUUAAUUUCGAAAAUACAAAACAUUUGUUGAUCUUUAUUUUUAUAAA